UGUCAUUCGUUCGUGGCGCGUUCAUCAGUUGCUUGCGAACCGCGAACCCGAAGCGAGUGCACGGAAAUUGAGUCCACAGCGUUCAGGUGCCACCUUCCCCCUUUCAAUCAUCGUGCAACGGCAGCACUACUUACGGGUGGUGUGCUCUAGAAAAAAAAAACCGUUUCUUUCCCGUCAUUUACCCCGCGCCCUGUUCGUUUCCGUGGCCAAACCGUGGUAGAAAGUGCACGUUUUCAAAAUUGGAUUAACACAACCCGCACAUAGUAUAAGACAAACCCUCGUCACCACCGUCAUCGUCUAGGCUCGUCCGGGUAACCGUUUUCGUUUUCGUGGCGCUCUUCUACAUUUCACAAUCAUGAGGGAAAUUGUGCAUCUUCAGGCUGGCCAGUGUGGUAAUCAGAUCGGGUCCAAGUUCUGGGAGAUCAUCUCCGAUGAGCACGGUAUUGAUCCGACCGGCCACUAUCAUGGUGACACCGAUUUGCAGCUCGAGCGUAUCGACGUGUACUAUACCGAGGUGAACGGCAACAAGUAUGUGCCGCGUGCGGUACUGGUCGAUCUGGAACCGGGCACCAUGGAUUCCGUCCGGCAGUCACCGUACGGUGCCCUCUUCCGGCCGGAUAACUUCGUUUACGCUCAGUCGGGUGCCGGUAACAACUGGGCCAAAGGUCACUAUACCGAGGGUGCCGAGCUGGUGGAUAAUGUGCUCGACGUGAUUCGCAAGGAGACGGAAGCGUGCGAUUGCCUGCAGGGCUUCCAGCUGGCACAUUCGCUCGGUGGUGGCACCGGUUCCGGCAUGGGCACGCUGUUGAUAUCGAAAAUUCGCGAAGAGUAUCCCGAUCGCAUCAUGAACACAUUCUCCGUCGUUCCAUCGCCAAAGGUGUCCGAUGUAGUUUUGGAGCCAUACAACGCUACCUUAUCGAUGCACCAGCUCAUCGAAGCAUCCGAUCAGACCAACUGUAUAGAUAACGAAGCGCUGUAUGACAUCUGUUUUAGAACGCUUAGGAUCUUCAAUCCUACCUAUCACGACUUAAACCAUUUAAUCUCUGUAACGAUGUCGGGUGUGACAACGUGCCUUCGGUUCCCCGGACAGCUUAAUGCUGACCUUCGGAAGCUGGCAGUCAAUAUGGUGCCAUUCCCCCGUCUUCACUUCUUCAUGCCCGGGUUCGCACCGUUAACGGCGAAAGGAUCCCAGCAGUACCGUGCCCUAACGGUUCCAGAACUGACUGCACAGUUGUUCGAUGCCAAAAACAUGAUGACCGCUUGCGAUCCUCGCCAUGGCCGAUAUCUGACGUGUGCGGCCAUCUUCCGAGGCACAAUGUCCAUGAAGGAGGUGGAUCAGCAGAUGCUGAACAUUCAGAGCAAGUACAGCAGCUACUUUGUUGAGUGGAUUCCGAACAACGUGAAGGUGGCCGUUUGCGACAUUGCACCACGUGGUUUAAAAAUGUCCGCCACCUUCAUCGGCAAUACCACGGCAAUACAGGAGAUCUUCAAGCGCAUCUCGGAACAGUUUACCGCCAUGUUCAGACGGAAAGCUUUCCUGCACUGGUACACCGGCGAAGGCAUGGAUGAGAUGGAAUUCACCGAAGCGGAGUCAAACAUGAACGAUCUUAUCUCCGAGUACCAACAGUAUCAGGAUGCUGAAGUUGAGGACUAUGACGAGAUGGAAGAAAUUCCCGAAGAGGAGCAACAGCAGCAACAAGAGUAGUGCCGAUAGUGGUGAUUAUUUUUAGCGUUGUUUUCCUUUGCUUUUGUGUUCCUAUUUCUAGUAGAAAAGUGUACACCGACGGUGGACGAAUGGUCCACCAGUACCAAACAAUUUUAAACCAACAAAACACUUUAAACUUUCAACACAGGCUUAUUUGUAAUAGAGAAACCGUGUAAGAUUUGCUUAAAGUGAAAUUCCAAUAAAUUAGAUAAGAUUGUAUCUUUUGACACAAAAUAACAACGGAAAAAUAA